GAGGAGAGAGGAGAUGGGGGAUUGAUUGACAGCAGCCUGAAGUCAGGAUUAGAGAAAUUUCCAUUCUGAGGAGACAUGUAAAUAUUUGAUGCUAAUAGAAGUGGAGUGUGCAGAGCAGCCUGUAGUUGUAGACAUUAUAAACAAGGAGUUUGAGGGGUGUUUUGGGGUUAGGGUGGAGUUGGUGAACUAGGUUGAAUUUUCUUCAGUUUUAAUGUCGCUUUGGCUCAUCCAUGUUCGUCCACUUGUUUUUUUUUCUUGCUUUAAACCUUCUCUUUUAGCCUACAAAUGAAGUGUGCCGCAGCUGUAUAGGCUGCUGAUGUUUACGUAUCUUCUGUGCAGCUGCUGGUUUUGACUCGUGUUUGUGCUCGAAAUCAACUUGCAGAGAUUGUAAAAUCUGCGACAUUAAGUCAGUCAAAGCCACCUUAUCGUUGGCUGAUGACGCAGUUAGAAGCCUGGCUUGUUUUGAGAACUUAGAUUAUCCAAGAUUGGAGAGUUCAUCAUCGCAAGAGCGCUGAAUUAACAGGCUCUGUUUUGUCUGGAAAUCAAAUUGCUGAGACAAACAACAGGAAAACAGAGCUGCUGGGAGGAGGACAGUGUGGAUUUGGUAGCUAAGGGAUUGCUGUGAGUCUCAGUCGAGGUCAGUGAUGCUUCACCAUCAGGACCAACCUCUGAACCCGGCCUACGGAGGUCAAGGAGGCUCCAACAACGGCUCCUCCUCCUUGCUGCGCAACAGGAAGUGUGACAAGGACGGCAACUUCAACUUCCUGCCCGGCAAAGAUGACGAUGGCUUCACGGGCAACGGAGGAGGGGACGAGAACCGAAACCAGGUGCGCCCCCGCAACCUGGGCCCGCUGGGUCGCGACCCGCCCAACUCCACGCCGCCUGCUGGGUAUCACCACAACUCAGGGCUUCUGUCGCCGCGCUCCCGCCUGCCCUGCUGGAGCCACCUGGAGCCCCUGCCCGAAAUCGAGAGCGGGGAUGACGGUUACGGCCGGGUGCCCCCUGACGGAGCGGAGGAAGGGAGGAUGGAGGAGGAGGUGAGACGGGUGAUGAUGAGCCAGCAUGAGGAGAAGCAGAGAGACAAAGGGCAGCAGCAGAGGAGAAAAAGCAGCUUGGGCUUCAGAGGAAGGGAGGAAGAGGAAGAGGAGGCCAGGCUGAAUGAAGAUGACGAAUGGGGCGACAGCGACUCUGAGUCCGAGUUUAGCGUCCGGUCCGGUGGCAGCAUGUCCUCCCUUAACAUGGACAGUGGAGGCGAAGGGGUGCUCAUGGGAGGCUGGGACCGCAUCGGAGUCGGGGAACCAAAAUCCAACCAGCAGGAGAGCGACCCAGCCAGAAACAGCAACAGAGAACCGGCCGCGAGACACCGAAGCUUCAGCCGCAAGUCGCUGACGGAAGGCAGACUGGGAAACCUUGUGGAGGAAGGAGCAGAAGAGCAAGACGACGACAAGGACCGGUCCUCUGACUCGGACGGCGAGCUGCCAGAGCUGAUGGACGCGGUGUGGACGCUGCGAGACCGCGAGCGCUUCAAAGCCCAGGAGAUGGAGAAGCACCAGGUGCAGCUGACCAUGUACCGCCGCUUGGCGCUGAUCCGCUGGGUCCGCACCCUGCAGAGCCGCAUCCAGGAGCAGCAGAACCGCCUGCAGUCCAGCUUCGACGUCAUCCUCACGCAAAGAAAAGAACUGCUGCGCAUGGGCGCCGCCGCAGCCGUCGCCAACGCCGCCCCCGCUGCUGCUGUCAGCCAGUCGUAAGGAGAAAGAGGGGGGGAGGAACUGAAACAGGAAGUGGUUAAAAAGGCGUUUUUGUUCUGUUUGCUUCUAUCCUGAAGACAUUUCCCCUGAAAGGAACAUCUCCCAUCAUCCUGUUUGACAUUUUUGAGCCUCACACUCAUGUUUCUGAUUGUAAUGGCACCAAAUCUUGUGUUUUUUACUGGCAUCGCACCCAGAGCAUCAGUAAAUAUACCGACUGAAGACUGGACAUCACCCCCUGUACCAAAAUGUAUGAUUUUAGGAUGUAUUCUGGUCAAAGCAACGAGAUGAUGAGCACUUUUCUGUGAGAUUAAAAAUGUCUGUGUAUGCUGUACUUCCUUGUCUUGACCUGUGCGUAGAAAACACCUGCUGUACCAAAAAAAAGUGGAAGAUAUCAUGUAGAUUUUACAUUAUUAGAGAUGAUUUAUACCCGGAGAUCAGGCUGUAUAUAUAUAGAGAGAUAAUAAAGUACAUUAAAAGAACGAACAAAAGUA